AUGAUUGAUUUUAGCCGAAAACUUGUCAUUGUUGGUGAUGGCGCCUGUGGCAAAACAUGUCUUCUAUACGUUUUCUCUAAAGGCAUUUUACCUGAGGUCUAUGUUCCUACUGUAUUCGGAAACCAUGUUGCUGACGUUGAAGUAGAUGGUAAACAUGUUGAAUUGGUCUUAUGGGAUACAGCUGGUCAGGAUGAUUAUGAUCGUCUACGACCGCUUUCUUAUCCUGACUCUGAUGUUAUCUUAAUUUGUUUUUCUAUUGAUUCUCCUGAUUCCUUGGAUAAUGUACAAGAAAAAUGGAUUACAGAGUUAAUGCACUUCUGUCACGGUUUGCCUAUCAUCCUAGUUGGAUGCAAGAAAGAUUUGAGAUUCGAUCCAAGGACUGUUGAAGAACUUCGCAAGACUUCUCAAAGCCCAGUGACGCCUGAAGAGGAUAAGGAAAAUUACCAUUAUCUUUCAAUUGAUCAGAAUCAUAUCAUUGUUGUAGCUAUUAUUACUUAG